CAACAGAAACAAGGAAACAAAAGAGAGCACCGCAUAUUCUUCUUCAUCUUCUUCGAUCUCUUAAUACUCGUUUUCUGUAUAUGGAAGAACGCCAAUCCGAAGACGAAGAAGAAGACGACGUCGUUCUCAUCCAUCUCCUCCCUCUAAUCUCCUAAUCACACACACACAUCCAAUUCCAAUUAUAUAAUUCCUUUCAUUUAUUCCGAUUGUGUCCUUUAGGGCAAGUGUGAAUUGGGAGAGUAUCGGAACCUCCGGGGAUGAAGAAAGGGGGAGGUUUAUCGUCGAUUCGACGGAUGAUUAUCCGUCGGAAGGCGAAGAAACCUGCCGCCGGGAUUGCGGAGUCCAGCGGCGCUGUGCAGUCGCCGACGACGAAUUCGUUGUCGGCGAUGGUGGCGGCCGGGCCCAAGAGUAAGAAGAAAGGCAGUGGAGCGAGGCUGUGGAUGCGGAUGGAUAAGUUGGGGCAAUCGGAGGUGCUUGAGUGUGAUAAGAGCAUGAUUGUUAAGCGUGUCGGUGUUCCUACUAGAGAUUUGAGAGUUUUGCUUGGUCCUGUCUUCUCUCAUUCCUCGAAUAUUCUCGCUAGGGAGAAAGCAAUAAUCGUCAAUUUGGAGUUUAUAAAAGCUAUUGUUACUGCGGAAGAAAUUUUGUUGCUUGAUCCUCUCCGCAAAGAGGUGGUCCCGUUUGUGGAUCAGCUAAGGCUUCAGUUUUCUCAGAGAAGUCCUCGUAGGAUUGAUGGAGCAGGUCAGCUGGCGAUACAUGAUACUGAACAUUUGACACAACCUGGACAGUGGUUAACUGUUUCUGAAGCUGUUGAAGGUUUCCAGGCUGAGCUCCCCUUUGAGUUCCAAAUUUUGGAAAUUGCACUGGAGUUGGUCUGUACAUCUUUGGAAACUAGUGUGGCAGAUCUAGAGGGAGUUGCUUAUCCAGUGUUAGAUGAGUUGGCGAGGAAUGUCAGCACCAAAAAUCUUGAGCGUGUGAGGAGUUUAAAAAGCAACCUUACUCGGCUGCUUGCUCGUGUGCAGAAGGUCAGGGAUGAAAUUGAACAUCUUUUAGAUGACAAUGAAGACAUGGCUCAUUUGUACUUAACAAGGAAGUUGGUACAACUUCAGCAAUCCGAGGCUUUAAUAGGAUCCAUGGCUUCGAAUAACAUUACAGCUGCUGCAUUCAAUCUUCGGCGACUUAGUUCUGUCAGGAGUGGGAGCAUAGUGACUAGCAACUAUUCUAAUGACAACGACGUUGAGGAUCUCGAGAUGUUGUUGGAGGCAUAUUUCAUGCAGUUAGAUGGCACUCGUAACAAGAUAUUAUCUGUUCGUGAGUACAUUGACGACACAGAGGACUAUGUAAACAUCCAGCUUGACAACCAGCGAAAUGAACUUAUUCAACUACAGCUGACAUUGACAAUUGCGUCAUUUGCCAUAGCUGUGGAGACUCUAGUAGCUGGGAUGUUUGGAAUGAACAUUGAUUGUCAAUUAUACCACAUACACGGGAUAUUUGAGGCAUUCGUUGGAGUUUUGACAGUUGUCUGUGUUAUGAUUUUCUUCGUGGUUCUCGGAUAUGCUAGGUGGAAGAAGUUACUCGGGUCUUAAGCCCUAAAAUGUCCAAUAUAUGGGGUUUCGGCACAUGUGUCCAGAGUCUUGAUUUUCUUCCGAGUUCUUGGAUAUGAGAAGUAGUUAAUUGGUGUUAAGCUCCUUUAACAUCCAAUAUACCUCUGUUAUCACAUUGACCAAAGUGUAUAUAAUACAAUAUCUUCUACCUUGGUGGAAGUUUCUGUUUCUUUGUUUGCUUUAGAAGUUGGUCCUUUCUCACUAUAUUGCUUUAAUAUAUUGAACUGAGAGGUUAUCUUA